UCCCCGCGAAUCUAUUACCCAACAACUUUCACUUCCACAGGUGAGAGCGCAGCGAGGCUGAGAAGCGUCCCUCGGGUCGGACGCCAAACCCGGCCCUCGGGCCCACCCUGCGCUCCCGGCCCCGCACCAGGAGAACCGCCGGGCCCGGUGCUUCUGCCUCGGAGGAGUCGCAGUCCCCGGUGCCCGGCUCCGAAGAGUCCGGACUCCUCCACCGACGACUCAGCCCCCGGCCGCCCCCGGAGCCUGAGACCCGAUCCCGUCCGACCGCGCGGCGCGCCCCCGCGGGCGUCUCCGGGUUCCGGGUGCUCCCCGGCCGGCAGGCCGAGGCCGAGAUGGCUGCAGCCGUGACGGUGGAGCCCGCGGGCCGCAGCUGCUGGGACGAGCCCGUGCGCAUCGUGGUGCGCGGCCUGGCGCCGGGGCAGCCGGUCACGCUGCGGACGUCCCUGCGCGACGAGAAGGGCGCGCGCUUCCGGGCCCACGCGCGCUACCGCGCCGGCGCCGGUGGCGAGCUGGACCUGGAGCGCGCGCCCGCGCUGGGCGGCAGCUUCGCGGGGCUGGAGCCCAUGGGGCUCUUCUGGGCCCUGGAGCCCGAGAAGCCGUGGGGUCGGCUGGUGAAGCGGGACGUGGAGACGCCCUUCGCCGUGGAGCUGGAGGUGCUCGACGGCCACGAGCCCGAGGGCGGGCGGCUGCUGGGCCGGACGGUGCACGAGCGCCACUUCCUGGCGCCCGGGGUGCGGCGGGAACCGGUGCGCGCGGGCCGGGUGCGCGGCGCGCUAUUCCUGCCGCCAGGUGCAGGGCCCUUCCCUGGGGUCAUUGAUCUGUUUGGAAGUGGUGGUGGCCUUUGUGAAUACAGGGCCAGCCUCCUGGCGGGACAUGGCUUUGCUGUGCUUGCUCUGGCUUAUUUCAGAUUUGAGGACCUCCCUGAAAGUCUGAAUGUUGUGCACUUGGAGUACUUUGAAGAAGCCGUGGACUUCAUGCUGCAGCAUCCAAAGGUGAAAGGCCCUAGUGUUGGGCUUCUUGGAUUCUCCAAAGGAGGUGACUUGUGUCUCUCAAUGGCCUCUUUCUUGAAGGGCAUCACAGCCACGGUGGUUAUCAAUUCCUGUGUGGCCAACACCAUAGCUCCUCUGCAUUACAAGGACAUGGUUAUUCCCGACCUCGGCAGUGACCUAGGGAAGCAUACAACCACCGAGUCAGGCCUUUUAGAUUUCAUGAAUAUUUGGAAUGAUCCACUGGAAAAACCCUACUGCCAGAGUCUUAUUCCGUUGGAAAAGGCUCAGGGACCCUUCCUGUUUAUUGUUGGCUUGGAUGAUUACAGCUGGAGGAGUGACUACUAUGCUGAUAUAGCCUCUGAACGGUUACAAGCACGCGGGAAGGACAGACCCCAGAUAAUCCACUAUCCAGGAACUGGCCACUGCAUCGACCCACCUUAUUUCCCUCCUAGCACAGCCUCUGUGCAUGCAGUAUUGGGCCUAGCAAUAUACUACGGAGGCCAGCCAAAAGCGCAUUCAAGGGCACAGGUAGAUGCCUGGCAGCAAAUUCAAACUUUCUUCCAUAAACAUCUCGAUGGAAAAAAAUCUGUCAACAGCAAAAUGUAACAUUACAAUCAAAGGUGAGAUACUGUUAAUAAAAAUCCUAUUCAUGCAACAUGUAUCGGGUUUUCCAGAGCACCUAGGAGUCUUUUUGUAACAAAGCAAACAUCUUGGCUUCCUUGGAUUCUCAACCUUUGCAACCCUGUUUUCUUCACUGCUGGGUCUACCCCUUUCCCCCUGAACUGUAUCCAGUGUAUAGGCUUAACCCUGAUCUUAUUUAUAAG